AUGCUGCGCCCCCUGUUCGCCCCCGUCGGCCGCGCGGCACAACAGUCCGCGCCGCCUCAGCGCUCUCGUUUGCUCCGGAUCGUCGUCGCCCACCGCCCGACAGGUCACACGCGCCACUUGACGUCAACGCGUCCCCGUUGGACCACGGAAAAGCCGGCAGCUGAUGCCAAGACACCGGACGGACAGAAGGCGCCGGACGCACUGGUGCUCACGCCGUAUGAAAAGGUGACCGCCACGGCCACUGGUGGGUUCUGGCUGGGUCUGUUGGGUCUUGGAGCAAUUGGCGUCUACUUUGUCGCCCGUGAGCUGCUGCCGAACCGCAUGAGCCCCAACGGUCUUUAUAGCGAGUCACUGGAUAUCGUCUCGAACAACACUGACGUAAUCUCACGACUUGGUUUGCCGAUCCACGGGUACGGUCACGACCACGGCGGCCAUCGUGAAGGUCGUCGUAACCGCAUUGAGCACGUGAACCUUACGACCAAGGACGGCACUCCACGUCUUCGCAUCAAGUACAACAUCAAGGGACCGUCGGGUCACGCUUAUGUGUUUGCUGAAGCGAACCAGAACAUGAAGAAGGACGAGUAUGCGUAUCUCAUUGUGCAGGUGACGAAGACUGGCGAGCUGCUGAAGAUCUUUGACAACCGACAACUUCUUGCAGCAGAAACAAAGGAGGAACAAGACGCGCUGCGCCAGCUGCUGGGCAACUAG